CGUCGCCGUGGCAGCCAGAGCCCGCAGUGGCGGGAGGGGGGCGCGCGGCGCGAGCGCAGGAAUCUGGCAGUGCAACCAGCUUAUUCUACGUUGUAUCCUGAAGCGAAACAGAGAUGGCCAAAGGCAUUCUAGGAGAUGCAAGUCUUCACUUUGAUGAGCUGAAUAAACUACGAAUUUUGGACCCUGAGGUUGCACAGCAAACAAUUGAACUCAAAGAAGAAUGCAGAGCUUUUGUGGACAAAAUUGCAGAGUUUCAGAAAAUAGUGGGUAGCUUAAUAGAACUUGUUGAUCAACUAGCAAAAGCAGCUGAAAAUGAGAAGAUGAAGGCAAUUGGUGCCCGAAACUUGCUAAAGUCUAUAGCGAAGCAAAGAGAAGCGCAGCAGCAGCAGCUUCAGGCUUUAAUAACUGAGAAGAAAAUGCAGUUGGAAAGAUACCGAGUGGAGUACGAGACCCUGUGUAAAAUAGAAGCUGACCAGAACGAAUUCAUUGACCAAUUCAUUUUUCAGAAAUAAAGGAUUUAACACCAA